AACACCUUUAAGUUAAUUCCCACAGAAAUGUGUUUUUAGCAUUUCUCUGGCUCUGUGGCAGCAUUGAGGGGUAGGAAAUCAGAGUGAUUUUGCUGCCAUGCCGGUGCAUCGUGACCGUGAAAAGAAGGAGAGCACGGCAGAGGAGAUGGAGGUGGAGGAUCAGGAGCAAGAAGGAUUCAGUACCGAGGAGGAGGAUUUUGAAACGUCCUCUGUCUCCGAAGAUGGAGACAGCUCUGAAAUGGAUGAGGAGGAUUGUGAGCGAAGAAGGAUGGAGUGUUUGGAUGAAAUGUCAAAUCUAGAGAAACAGUUCACCGAUCUCAAAGACCAGCUGUAUCGGGAACGUCUCUCUCAGGUCAACAGCAAGCUGGCAGAAGUGGAGGCCGGCCAUGCGGCAGAAUAUUUAGAUCCUCUGGCCGUGCUGCUGGAGAACAUGCAGGUCCGCACCAAGGUGGCAGGCAUCUACAAGGAGUUGUGCUUGGAGUCUGUGAAGAAUAGGUACAAGUGUGAGAUCCAGGCAGCGUGCCAGCACUGGGAGAGUGAGAAACUGUUGUUGUUUGACACAGUUCAAAGUGAAUUGGAAGAGAAAAUUAGAAGACUGGAGGAAGACAGACACAGCAUAGAUAUAACAUCAGAGCUGUGGAAUGACGACCUUUCAGGAAGGAAGAAGAGAAGAGAUGCUUUAAGUCCGGAUAAGAAGAGGAGACGACCUUCAGUAGUGUCUGGCCCUUAUAUAGUCUACAUGCUUCCUGACUUGGACAUCCUGGAGGACUGGACAGCUAUCAGAAAGGCUGUCGCCACCCUCGGUCCCCACAGAGGGAAGGCGGAGUCCGACAGCUCCGCUUUCCCGUUCAGACCGGACAGAAGCCGACCCAUUCUCAACUGUUGAGACAUGGCGACACAUCCACAUCACGUGAAAACACGCAGCUCAACAUUUGAGCGGGCCGCCGGCCGCUAAGAUUCCUCCUGCCUCCAACGGGAACACGCAAGACGCCCUUUAAAUCAAACAACAAGAUUAAACGUUUGAUACCAUUGCAACCCGAGCGACGGAGAGAAAAUUUUACAUUUGAUUUGUUUCGAAGUGAAUCCUGACACUCAACUGCUUUUACUUGUGCUUAAAGAAAAAAAAAAAAGAAUGCUUCACAUCUUUUUCUAUUUGGUAACAUUUAGAAAAGUCAAAAAGGUAUUUAUUUUCCUCACUGUAACUACUGCCAUCAUAAAUACGGACAUUUUGGUAA